ACAUUACGGAUGGAGAAUCCAUACGAACAACCACAGAACGGCUGCAUUUUAUGUAACAUCACAGUGUACUUCAAGAAUGUUCAGGUCUGUCAUUAGACUACAGUACUUACUACCGUACUGAUUAGCAAAGAUGCAAUUGGGCAAUGUUUAUUUAUAAUAUGCUUAAUUUUCCUCCAAACUUCUUUCCAAUAGCUGCUGGCCCAGUUUAUAUCCCCCCCACAGGAAUAAUUUACGGCAGGCACGUAACAGGUGAGAACUUGGUCAGAUAAAAAAGCUAAACAUGUUCAUAUCACAUCAGAGGCGGUCAUGUCCUAUUAACAAGGUGUUUAUUCCUUUCCAGGUCUGUGGUAAGAAACAGGGUGAUUUCCAAAGCCAUAAAGAAAGCUAAUUCGAUGGGUAAGUCAUCAAAUCGCUCAUUUUAUUAUUGACUGGUCUUGGGACAGAAUAUCAUAUGAUCCAAUACUCUUGGGUCAGCAGCAUUAAGCCUUGAGGUUGCUCUGUGAUAGUUUCUCUUUGGAAACGUCAAUGCACCAUUUAUCACUACUGACCAGAGGGUAUUUGACAUUGUGUACUACAGACUUGUCUAUGGCUCAAAAUGACCUUGUUUUGAUCAUCUAGGCCUUUGUAUAAUAAAUACUAAUACUAUUUUCCUCCACAGGAUUCAUGUCUGUAACCCACAAGGACCCACAUUUUAUGAAAGAUCCAAACAUCUUCGACAUCCGGCACUUGGAAUAA